ACACAUCAAAUCUACGCGCCUAAAUUGUCAUAAUUAAGAGCGAGCAUUGGCUUAAUUGCUGUGGCGUUUGAAUGACAUGCCCAGGCCAUUACUAAAGGCCUGUGCAAUUAAUUAUUAUCUUUGAUUAGUGGCUUUGCGGCGUGAAUGUUCGCGUAAGUUUAAGCUGUAGCACUAGCUGCUGCAUAUCUUUACCUCGUUUAGAAAAAAGACAAGGACAAACGAUUCGGAAGGGUAGAAUUGCUCUUUGUUGGAACAGCGCGUAAAGCGUACCGUUCCUCCCUCCCAAAACAGCCUAAAAGGCUCACCUAUUUCUUCCUUAAUCGUUCUCACCCAAACGCAACCAUAAGGUUCCUACCGCAUCCUCCCCCUUCCCCCUCCUUUCGCUCAAAUAUAUCCCAUUUUUUAAAUUUGGUUUGGUCCCGUAAAUUUUCAAAUAUUUAUUUCCUAUACAUCAAGAGGAAAGGGGGUCCCCCUUUCAUGGAAUGCGGAAACAUGGGUGUGUUUGACCGCGGAGUUCAGAUGUUAUUGACCACGGUGGGCGCGUUCGCUGCCUUCAGUCUCAUGACCAUCGCGGUGGGCACGGACUACUGGCUGUACUCGCGCGGCGUCUGUAAGAUCAAGACCAACAACGAGAACGAGACCAGCAAGAAGAACGAAGAGGUGAUGACCCACUCGGGACUGUGGAGGACAUGUUGCUUGGAAGGAAACUUCAAAGGAUUGUGUAAGCAGAUAGAUCACUUUCCAGAAGACACAGAUUAUGAAGCAGAUGCCUCAGAGUACUUCUUACGAGCCGUGCGAGCGUCUAGUAUCUUCCCCAUCCUCAGCGUCAUCCUGCUCUUCAUGGGUGGUCUCUGUAUAGCUGCCAGCGAGUUCUACAAGUCCCGCCACAAUAUCAUCCUCAGUGCAGGAAUCCUCUUCGUGUCUGCAGGCCUCAGUAACAUCAUUGGCAUGAUCGUGUACAUAUCAGCCAAUGCGGGGGAUCCCUCAAAGAGCGACUCCAAGAAGAACAGCUACUCAUACGGCUGGAGUUUCUACUUUGGUGCUUUGUCCUUUAUCAUGGCUGAAAUGGUGGGUGUGCUGGCCGUGCACAUGUUCAUCGACCGGCACCGGGAGCUGCGGGCGGGCGCGCGGGCAGCAGAUUACCUGCAGGGCUCGGCUAUCACGCGCAUCCCCAGUUACCGGUAUCGCUACCGGCGCCGCUCCCGCUCAUCGUCCCGCUCCACGGACCCCUCGCAUUCCCGAGACGCCUCGCCGGUGGGAUUGAAGGGUUUCGGGGCUCUACCUUCCACCGAGAUUUCCAUGUACACACUCACCCGCGGGGGAGACACCCUAAAGGGCGGCCACGGCACCCCCACCGCCACCUACAAUUCAGAGAGGGACCACAACUUCCUCCAGGUCCACAACUGCAUCCAGAAGGACCUGAAAGACUCAUCCAACACAGCCAACCGACGCACCACCCCUGUAUGAGGCACAACCUCUCCCCGUACAGAUAGCAGGGCAAGGGAGACGGGAGCGGAGGCCUGGAAUAUUACAGAUCAAACUUCAUGUACCAUGCGUUUUCACGAUUCGGAGGAACCGGGAGGAUUUUUGCGUUUCGAUCAAAGAUUACACAUGUAUGCAUGAUUUUGCCAUUUGCCAUUGACAAAUUGAGGCUGGUUUGAAAUGGAGACAGGCGAUAAGAGAUUUGCAGAAGGGUUCUUUCAGCCUGUGACGUGGGAGCUGUAGCUUGUGGCAUUGAUUUGACAUGUUUUUGUUAAGAAAGCAUUCCUUCAGCACCCAUCGGUCUACACGGAUCAUCAGCAAGCUACUGCUCCCUCAUAAGUCUUCUUCCCUUCUCCACUAUAUUCGUCAUAUUCAUUUAUUUGUUCAUUUGUUAUUUGCAUUCAAAGAAAAAAUGAGAAAGAAACAAAAAAAAACUGUGAACCACCGCAGUAGGGUGUUCAGUAAGAAACAGCCCGGUCUGCAAUCUCUUACACAAGGUACAACAUAUAUAUACACGUAUAGUAUAUAUAUAUGGAUGUAUUGAUUUUAUAUAGAAAUUAACAUAAUAAUCAAGACUUUUCUGAGGUAAAACUGCUGUUUGCCGGGUAAUGAUCUGUUGGGAAAAGAGACUCUGUGGCCCUGAGCUGCGACUGUGGCCGGACGAUGGAUGAAAUCAUGGAGGAUCUUCACCGCAAAGCUGCUCUAACACGAGACUGACAAAGACGUUCAACCUUAGACAAAAAUCUAUUCUUUUAAAAGAACCUUCUCAUCUUUUUCUCAGUCCCUGUUUGCUUCCUUUUUUUCUCUCCUCUCGCAUUCGGUCGUCACGAGAGCGAACAACAGAAACAAAAAAAAACUUACGCAAAGACCUUCGCUGACAAACAGAGGGUCAGAGUUCGCUGAAAGACUCCAGAAAUGACUGCCAAGACGAAAAAAAGGAAGGAGGAGGGGGGAGGAAAAGAAGAGGAUGCUGAACUCUAAACAAACACUUGCAGGAACGCAAGCGACAAACAAAAGUACGAAAUAUUACGAGAAACGAAGCUAAGUGACUCACGAAUACAAAGAUUAAAUGCAUGCUAUAAAUUUACAGCAAACCUGCUCUUGAAACUUAAGUUUUAAAGGAUAAUGAUAAUUAUAAAGGGAAAAGCAAUGUUAAAAAAAGUUAACUCUUAAUGUUUUGUGUACUCUUUCUGUUUUGGUUUCUAUUAUUAUUAUUAUUAUUAUUAUUAUUUAUUAUUAUAAUUAAUCAUUAUAAUAAUAUACUUUGAUGAUAAACCAAGCGAACAAAUUACAGCAAAACUGCUUUUUUUCAAUUCUGACUUCUUUCUUUGUAUCCACGUGUUUUUCUUUUACUCAGAAUCACACGCCUUAGUCAUUUCAUCUUUCUUUGGAUUCAUUUUAAAAUGUGUCAUUUUCUUUGAAAUGAAAUCUAAAGGUGCCAAAACAGAAUGAUCCUAAACUUGGAUGCAUCAAGUCCUGAUGAAUAAACAGACAAACCCAAGGGGGAACAAA